ACAGACAGAACAAAGUAAGUCACCAAGCAAAAUAAAAUAAAAUGUGCAAAUCUAUGUCUAAUCAAACUGAAUACAGAUAAUCUCACCCUCAGAGAUGCUUCAGUAAGUUUUUUCUCAGGCUGGACACCUUCCAGGCCUGGGCACAAUUCUUUCCCCUGGUACAGCUCUUGUUCCAGCUCAGGUGAUAGCUAGGGGAUUCUUCAUGAUGGCUCCUCCCUCCCUUUGUUCUCUUCCACCCCUUUAUAUAUCUUUUGCAUAAGGCGGGAACCCUUUGUCCCUCUGGGUUUCCACCCCCCACCCCCCCACUGGAAAAGCACCAGGUUAAAGAUGGAUUCCAGUUCAGGUGACAUGAUCACAUGUCACUGCAAGACUUCAUUGCCCACUUGCCAGCACACGCAUAUACAGGAAGACUCACAGGUAAACACAGCCAUCUGCAGACAAUGGUCCUGGUUAAUGGGAGUCAUCAAGAUUCCAAACCAUCAUUAAUGGCCCACACUUUACAUAAUUACAAUAGGCCCUCAGAGUUAUAUUUUAUAUUUCUAGUUUUAGUCACAAGAGUGAUACAGUUCUACAAAUAGGAUGAUCACACUCAGUAGAUUAUGAGCUUUGUAAUGAUACAAGAGACCUUUUGCACAAAGCAUAUCCCAGUUGCAUUAUAUUCACUUACUAUCAUGUUUUUAUAAAACCAUAUACACUGCACAACGUCACAACGGGUUUCAGCAAUGUCUUAUCUCUUGUUGGGCCCCAAACACCCUCUGAUCAAUACAACACUCCCUUUUCUCUAAUUCUUCCCCCAAUGCUCCACAACCUACCACUGUUCCUGAGCCAAAUUCAAACACAGUGUGAGCAGGUACAGUUCCAUUGACUUCUGAUUUAAAUCAAUCGACUUGGGCCUGCUUCUUUACACCCCAGCUCAGAAUUUAGUCCCCUCUCUUUAAAAAAGCUCUCCCAUGACCCUGAAGCUAUCUAUUGGCCCAUCCCUAUUUCCCCUUUCUCAAAGUUUUUGCAAAAGUAACUUCCUCCUUCGUCACUCCAACCACCUUUCCCACAAUAAUACGCUGGGCUAAUUUCUCUUUGAGUAUUGGUCUGGCCAUAGCAAAGAAAUCAUUCUUCUGCAGAGAGUUAAUAAACUUUUCCCUACUGAUGAUGGCUCCCUCUGCUUUCUCAGUCUCCUUGACCACACAGGCUUCUACACUGCAGACACAGUUCUGUCCUCUUGGACCAACUCUGUAGAUGUGAAGACAUCUCUGGCUUGCUGUUAUUCAUUCCAUUUUUGUCUCUCAACAGAGCUGUCCCUUGGGUAGGUCGAAUUGGGGAGACCACCCUGGGCUCCACACUUUGGGGGGCCCGCACCUCGAUAAAAUCGGCACUGUCCCGAUAUUUGGUCCUUUGUCCCGCAUCCCAACUGAUGUACGACCGGGACGCCAUUUGUCCCGAUAUUCAGAUUUGGAUCAAGCUGCAACUGAAUUCAUGAUACAACUGAUCACUGAUCUUCUGUAAAUUCUCCAAAACCAUUAACUUGGACUAUCAUUGGGCUGGUGCUCGAAAGUCCCCGGAGUAAGCAGCUGCAGUUCAGUGCUUUUCUUCUGUUUGAAGUGACUAGUUCUGGACAACGGAUUACUGACUAAGUGGGCUGCAUUUAGAAAACUCCCCACUGUAGUCUGAGUUGGAUUGGUGUCCUUAAACAACUUGGCUUAGUGCAUGGAGCUCAGACAUUCUCACGACCCAAUCCCUAUUUAAGGACUUUUCCAUCUAUUUAAAGUGCAAGAAUGAAGGGGGAAAAAGUGCUUGAAAUUAAUUGUGUGGAUGACAUAUAUGCACCAAGUAUUCCAUUUCUUCUAGAAGAUGAAAUGUUAACUAUGCUUAGGAUCAUAAUCAGAGAUUCCAUGCCUUUUUUUCUUCUCUCCAAUAGAUACUGGAAAACUAGAACUCCCUAUUGGGGGUUACAAAAAGUCACUGACGCGUAAGUAGUUUAAGUCCUUUAAAAAUAAAACAAGAAAGCAGCAUUCCAGCAAGUUUCUCAUACAAGGGGAGGGGAGCACUGGGCCAAAAUAAAGAAAGCCCUUUAAUGGUAAAUCUUUUUUUAAACUUGUAUUAAACCACUUCGCUUAAAGGAAGGUGAAGAAAAGCAGUUGAAUAUCUUGAUUGUUAUCCACAAACCACGAGGAUGAAGCCACCAGUAACUAAAAUACAGGAAAUUCUAGUCUCCGGUGAUAAAUAAGAGUCACAACAGCACAGGAUGCAUGCAGGGCAGCUCCUUGGGCCACAGGGAUCUGAAAGGCAAACAGCUUCAGCUCUUUUGUUCUAAUAUCUGAUGUGUGUCCCCUGCAGGUCCCAUCUGUGCAUCUGGUGCCUGGGACAGCAACAGCACCGAUCCUGCCACUCUCUGCCAGAUCAGACCAAAGCAAGCAUGGGAAUUGCCCUUUUCUACCUAGGCCAGGUGUUACUUUGGGGGGUGCCCUCAUGGGCGAGUGAGGAGGCAGAGGCCCUGUGCGCCCAGACCGCCUGCUACACCAUCCACUGGGGCAGGCACAAUUGGAUGGACGCCCAGGAGAAGUGCAAGAGCAACGGAGGCAACCUGGUGACCAUGAAGAGCCAGGAAGAGGCCUUGCAUGUCCAGGAUCUGCUAGCCAAGCUGCCCAGAAGGGAGGCCGGGCCAGAGGGGCAGGUGAGGCUUUGGAUCGGGCUCCAUCGGGAGAAGGGCAAGUGUUACCAGCAGCACCAGCGCCUCAAGGGCUUCAGCUGGGCCACGGGAGGGGAGGAGACCGACUACGCCAGCUGGCUCCGGGAGCCCCGAGAGACUUGCACGGGCCGGCGCUGCGUGAGCCUGCACUGGAACCCCACCGCCCCCGGCUCUUCGUGGCUGGGCUGGGCCGACGGGCCCUGCAACGUCUCCUCCGCCAGGCCCCAGGGCUACCUCUGCAAGUUCAGCUUCCAGGGCAUGUGCCGCCAGCUGGCGCUGGCCGGGCCCGGCAGCGUCACCUACACCACCCCCUUCGGCUUGGACAGCGCCUCCCUGGCGGCCGUGCCCUUCGGCUCCCAGGCCGCUGUGUCGUGCCAAGGCCAGGCGCCGGGACCCUUCCUGGUGUGCAGGGCGCAGGCGGGCGGCGGGUUCGAGUGGAGCAGCCCGGGCCCCCUGUGCGCCUCGCCCCGCUACGGCUGCGCCUACAGCAACGGGGGCUGCCAGCACCAGUGCCUGGAGCUGGCGGGCGGCUCUUUCCGCUGCGCCUGCCACGCGGGCUACCUGCUGGGCGGGGACCUGCUGUCCUGCUCGCCCGUGGACUACUGCAGCGCCCAGCCGUGCCGGGGGCCGGCCGAGUGCCUGGGCCGGCCGGGGGGCUUCGAGUGCCGCUGCCCCGCGGGCUACGAGCUGGCCGGGGACCAGGUGAGCUGCGCGGACGUGGACGAGUGCUUGGGGGAGCCCUGCCAGGGCGGCUGCGUCAACACGGCGGGGAGCUUCGCCUGCACCUGCCCGCCGGGCUACGAGCCCGCGGGGCCCGGCGGCCGCCGGUGCCGGGACGUGGAUGAGUGCGCCCAGGGCGCGCCCUGCGCCCAGCUCUGCACCAACACGCCGGGCUCCUUCCUCUGCGCCUGCCGGCCGGGCUACCAGCGGGACAGCGACGGGGCCGGCUGCCGGGACGUGGACGAGUGCCUGGGGGAGCCCUGCCAGGAGCGCUGCGUCAACCAGCCCGGCAGCUACCAGUGCCUCUGCCCGCCGGGCUGGGCGCUGGCCCCCAACGGCGUCUCCUGCCUCUCGGGCUCCAGCCCCACCACCCCCGGCAGCGCGGCCCCGUCCCUGCGCCCCCCAGGAGAAGAGGAGCCGGCGGCUGGGGGUGGACACCCGCCGGGCACCCACCCUGCUACGGAGAGCCCAGCCCCGCGCUCUGCUCCAACCAUCCGAGCCCAGCCAGGCGGAGCAGAGCCCAGCACCCUCCAGCCAGCUGCCGUCAGCAGCGCGGCAGGGCCUGGGGAACCCAUGAUGAAACCCGACGCUGACCAGGCCACCGAUGGCCCCAAACUGCUCCUGUACUAUAUCCUGGGUAGCGUGGUGGUUAUCCUGCUGCUGAUGGCUUUUGCCCUGGGCUUGCUCAUCUAUAGGAAGAGGAAAGCCAAGAAGGAAAAGAAGAAAGCCAGGAGUGCCACAGACAACUACUGCUGGGUGCUUGAGCAGGCAGAGAAAAAAGCAGUAGACAAUGACUACAGGUAAAGGCAGGAGUCUGCAGAGAGGGUAACCUGCUUGCAGGGAUUAGGGUAGCAUCAGGGUUCUCUGGAGAGAGGGAACACUAAACUAAGGGUAAUUGUGUGCAGCAGAGAAUAUUUCCCAUAUGAUAUAAAACGAUGCUUUCAUUAUGUGACUUAACUUUUGUUUUCACAUUCGAACCUGGGGUUUGGCAUUGUCUAAGUGUCAGAGGAACAGCCAGUCUGCCACUUAGAUCAAGAUCCCCAUACUGUUCCCACUGAAAUCAGUAUCAAAACUCCCACUGAUUUUAAUAGGACAAGGAUUAGGCCCAGCGUGAUAUGUUGCUUUUGAAAAAUAAAAGCAAUCACACCGAAGAGCUCAUUGGAACUUUCAAAAAGUUAAACAUCUUUACAAUCAGAAUAAUCAUGGCCCUGAUCUUGCAAACACUUGUGUACGUGACAGGUUUCAGAGUGGUACCCGUGUUAGUCUGUAUCAGCAGAAACAAUGAGGAGUCUUUGUGGCACCUUAAAGACUAACAAAUUUAUUUGGGCAUAAACUUUCGUGGGCUAAAACCCACUUCAUCAGAUGGAUGGAGUGGAAAAUACAGUAGGCAGGUAUAAAUACACAGCACAUGAAAAGAUGGGAGUUGCCUUACCAAGUGGGGAGGGGGUCAGUGCUAAUGAGCCAAUUGAAUUAAGGUGGAAGUGGGCUAUUCUCAACAGUUGACAAGAAGGUGUGAGUUUCAGCAGAGGGAAAAUUAGUUUUUGUAGUGACCCAUCCACUCCCAGUCUUUAUUCAGGCCUAAUUUGAUGGUGUCCAGGUGAGAAAGCAUAAGAGGAUGCAAGAUCAAGAAGUUAGGGAAAAGUAUUUGAGGAGGAGUUGCCCAUCUAUUGUCACUUAGGAUAGAAAAUAAUCCCCUUUGUCAAAAUACAGUAAUAUCAGAACCCAAACCAUGCCUGUUUUCCAGUUUUGCCAUUUACUUCAAUGGAGCAGCACCAUGCCUAUACAGAGUACAAAAGGUGCUAAAGAGGAAUAUGGAUCUGGUUAUAAGGGUACAUAUUUUUCCUGAAAUACCCACCACCUUUAUAUUCUUGCAGCUUUUCUUGUAUACUUGAGGCCACGUUGGCCAGAAAUGUGAACUUAACACAAAAGAGUUAGCUGUGAGCCUCACAGCUACAUCCUGUUCUUUUUAGUGUGUGGAGGAAAACCCUUUCCUGCUGUUUUUCUUCUCCAGUUAUCCAUUGUACAAAUCAAGAAAACAGGAAAAUGUAGCUUCUAGCAGCUGUAAAUGUUUUGAAUAGUUUGUAUAUGCUUCCAUUUCUCUGGACAGUAGUUGAAAGAAGCAGUGUACUCAUCCCUGGUUUGUUGGGAUGACCUGCAGAAAAUUCAUACCAUUUCUUUGUUAUGACACCAAUAAUCUAGUCAAGCAUUUAAGCAUGUGAGUAACUUUAAGCAUCUUUGUAAUCCCAACAAUAGGACUAAAAUUAAAUUUAUGCAUGUGUUUAAAUGCUGUGCUGGGUCAGGGCCUGUAUGAACAGUCACACCAACAAACUUUAAAAUUCUGAGAUUAUUAGCUUUGCUUUGUGUCAUUUUCAAAAUGUUUAUAAUCCUCAGUCUUUCCCCAUUCAUUUUAUGGGGGAGGGUUUCCAGGUGUUUCCACGUUCACUCUAUUCACCCAAAAUGAAUGGGAAACGAGAAAGUAUAGGUGUGAAAUCAUAAAGCCAGUGUAAAAUCUCACAUAUUCAGAAAGGUUAAUCCAUAAUCCUGAGUUUUUAGUACUAUAUAAAUUUUGUGUAUUCUGGUGUGUCUCACAGGAUUAUGAGUAAAAAAUUCUAAUCAGUUAAAGCCACCAAAAAACAUUGAUUUGCUGUGUAUGUAGGUUUAGCUUUAACUGCCCCUCAUUUUACCUUGAGGCCAGUUUCAUCUCAGUGGAAUUACACCAGUGAUGAAUUGAGCCCUCACUUGCUUUUUGCCAUGAAUCAGUUUCCUUGAUUCAGGUCUCAAUGCAAAGCCGAUUGAAGUCAGUGGAAAGACUCCCAUAGAUUUCAUUGGGCUAUGGAUCAAGCCUUGAAGUGAGUAGGAAUGGCAAAGAAACAGAUGAUGACAUCUAAAUGAAGAGUCAGGAGAUCCUAAAUGUUAAUGUGGGCUCUGUAUGUAUUUGUUCUGUGGCACUGGGCAAGUAUCUUCAGUUUCCUCAUCUGGAAAUGGGGAAUAAUAGUGUUUAUCUGGUAACCUCAUGUGGGCAUUGCGAGGACUGAUUUGCUAACACGUGUGAAAUGCUUUAAACACAGCAAGUGCUUUGUAUGUGUUAUUAUAUUCCUGUUAUGCCGGGGUUGUAUGCACAGACCUUCUCAGUGCUAAUGGGAAUUACCAGUGCUUAAAGUGCACCAGGUUUAAACACGUUACAGGCCCAGGAAAUACAAUUGCUAAGAAGCCAGCCAGCUUGCUGAGAUGCUCAAAUUUUUAGUACCACCUGAGGAACAUCCUUCUUGUUGGCGGCUUUCCCCAUUUGCCCACCUUUGGUGAAGAGCAGCGAAUAUGAGCAGCUGGAGAAAGCAGACAAGAGUCUUCUCCUCUUUCCCUUAGCAACCCAGUACCAAUCUCACAGGAUGCACAAGGGGAGCGGAAAGACUCCAGCAGUUCAGAGCAGCUCUGAUCCUUCCUUCCCCCGCCCCUCCUGUGAACAAUGGGACAGCUCCUCCCCAUCCCAACACCACCAGGCCUGGGAAGGGAUACAAGAGGCUCUCACUGCAGCACCUCCCUCUCCUUUCCUCCAGACCAGGGUGAAGAAUUCCAGGAGAUGCAGGAGGAACAGAGGUGAGGCUGGAUGGGCAGAACUACUGGGGGAAGGCAGAUGUGGGGAGAUAAGACCUCCCCACUUUUUCAGAUCCUUUUAAUCACUGGUAAUCCCAUGCGGCUGCCCACAUGUUGAAAUAAUACAUGCCAAAAAAUUUCUGUUCAUCACAGGUGCAUCAAUGUUACCUUUGUGUAUGAUGAUAUUACAAGUGUUCUCAAACAGUGUUUUCCUUUUUUAACUUUAACACUGUAAAUAGCAUUACCUCAGUGGAUACAUUGCGAUUCUGAUGGAAGCAUGUACAAAUAAAAUCCAAAUGAAAUGUGUCAUUGAUGCUUUGAAAUAAACAUGAUGUUAAUACUUA